GCGGAAAGUGGUGCGUUCACGGACACAGUGGCUCAUGGUGACUUGGUGACAGUAGCAAACACGAAACAAGGAAGUGGAGGAUACGUCGCUGGGUUGAAGGAACCCACACACAAAACAAGACAUUUUGGAAGUAGCACAUAUACAUUAUCCAGUGUUUUAGUGAGAUUAUAAAGUCAGACCUGAAAGUCGGAGGGCUGCGGUGACCGCCAGUGUCUCUGAGAGGAGCCAAGAUCACAGCUGCCUUUUUGACUGCUGCUACAGGAGGACGCUAACUCAGCACAAGUUUCCGACGCCUGACUCCAGUCCUACCUCCAUGAGCCAUGUCGAGCCGUCCUGCAGAUUUCCCUGAAAUGGCAAUAAGUCAAGACGACAGCCACACGUACCUUUGACCUCUGCUUCUCACCCACCACUUGAAUAGCAUUAUGGCUCCUGUUCCUCCUGGCAUCCGUCUGUUGGUGUCUUUCAACAGGGACCAAUGGUACAGAGCUCUCACCUUCAUCCUCACCUUCUUGCUCUACACCAGCUUCCACCUUUCCAGAAAACCAAUUAGUAUUGUCAAGAGCGAGCUCCACAGAAACUGUUCGCAUGUCAGUGAACUACCCACAAUUGGCUCCAGCAGCGGCAGAAGUGACAGCCAGAAGCUCCUUUUACAGGCUCUUCACACCGAAAUGGACUGUAGCUGGAAGCCUUUUGAUAAAAGUAACUACAAACAGCUGUUGGGAGCCAUGGAUUACUCCUUUCUCUGUGCUUAUGCAGUUGGGAUGUAUCUCAGUGGCAUCAUCGGGGAGCGUCUGCCUAUCCGAUUGUACCUAACGGUGGGUAUGCUGGCUAGCGGCCUUUUCACCUGCCUGUUUGGACUGGGCUACAUCUACAACAUCCACAGUCUGGGCUUCUACGUCUUUGUCCAGGUGGCCAAUGGCUUAGUCCAAACCACUGGCUGGCCCAGUGUUGUAACCUGUAUUGGCAACUGGUUUGGAAAAGGAAGACGUGGAUUUAUCAUGGGGAUUUGGAACUCUCACACCUCAGUCGGAAACAUUUUGGGCUCUCUAAUCGCAGGCUAUUGGGUGUCCUCCAACUGGGGCCUGUCCUUCAUCAUCCCAGGGCUCAUCAUUGCAGUCAUGGGUGUUGUCUGCUUCCUUUUUCUCAUUGAGCAUCCAAAUGACCUGAAAAGCUUGUAUAAUGAUGGCUGCUCUCCAGGAAAGAGUGUGCAAACUAAGACUUGGAAUGGCGUAAGGGGACAUACAGAGAUGUAUCUGCAUUAUAAAGAUAAGAAGAAUCAGAGUUACGACACAGAACUUUUGCUGCCAAAGGAAGGUUCAUGUGUGCAAGUGCAGCCAGUGGUGGUAGUGAGGAGUGAGUCGGAGCCGUCUGCCAUCAGCUUCAUGGGAGCCUUACGUAUACCGGGUGUGAUUGAGUUCUCUCUGUGUCUACUUUUUGCAAAGCUGGUCAGCUAUACCUUCCUCUUCUGGCUCCCACUCUACAUCACUAAAGCAGCCCACCUGGAUGCCAAGAAGGCUGGAGAUCUUUCCACCCUGUUUGACGUUGGAGGCAUAAUAGGAGGAAUAUUUGCAGGAGUAAUCUCUGAUAAACUGGGGAAGAGAGCCACCACCUGUGCAGUCAUGCUGCUGCUUGCUGCUCCUACACUGUAUGGCUUCUCGAUGAUCAGCGAGCUUGGUCUUGGGCCAACCAUUGGUGUGCUUUUAGUGUGCGGAGGUCUUGUCAAUGGCCCAUAUGCACUGAUCACGACUGCUGUGUCUGCGGAUUUGGGCACCCACAAAAGUUUGAAAGGCAAUGCCCGAGCAUUGUCAACUGUGACUGCAAUCAUUGAUGGGACAGGAUCUGUAGGUGCAGCAAUCGGACCCCUGCUGGCUGGGGUGUUAUCCGCAGGUGGUUGGGAUCAGGUGUUCUAUAUGCUCAUGACUGCUGACUUUUUUGCUUUAUUGCUUUUGCUAAGGCUUGUGACGAAGGAGUUGAGAUCAACUAAAUCCCGACCCAUCUCUUCUGUACAACUGAAGGAGCACUGAAGUCUGUGAUUGCACUGCAUCAACACAAGAGCACCCAAACACGUUGGACCUGCUGGAAGCAACUGACAGUAUGCCACUUAACACGCUGAAGUUGUUGCAGUCUCCCAGAACAGCAGUUAAUUUAAUUUCUGUUCGGGGGAUUCAAUUUGUACACAUUUUAAGUACAGAGAAGACCUGGAUUACAUUACAGUGUAAAUUUGGGAUUUUUACAACUUGAUUUAUUAGACCUUGCUAUCUCUUAUCAAAACAGAAAUGGAAUGUAUUUAGGGAAAACAUUGACAAAUUUACUUUGGGAUCAUUUAGAAUUAAAUUAAUUUACGUCUUUUGCUUUUCCUUAGUUGGAUGUGAAUAUUUAAUUUUACUGUAAUGUUGAAGACAUAUAAACUAUAAGCACUUAACUGGGCAACUGUUGAAAAUAAGGGUUUCAUGAUCAAAUAUUGGUGUUGGGUAUCGGCCCAAUAGCAGUAUUGACUUGUAUCUAAAAUCACUGACAUAGGCAAGCUCCUGCAGCUCGUUUAUUUGUGCAAAGCUGGACAGCCAGUUUAUUUCUAAAUGUCCUCCAAUAAGCACAAAAGGUUGGACUUUUCUUGUAUUUUAGUCAAGUCAUUUACAAAAGGUAAACAUGGUAAGCUUGAAGCUACAAAAGGGAAGGUGCAUGCAUCCACAUGGCCUCAUUCCUGGGUGGAUCUCGUGUGAGAGGAAGGUGGGGCCACUGGGGGGUUAAUAAUUUUGCAAUGCAGUCUGUUGAAAAUAAUGGAAAGCGUCACUCCACCUAGCAAUUGACGCUGUAGUCAACGUUGGAACUGCCACAAAACACAUUUUAAGAUUUUUAACACUCUACUGUCGUCUGGCAACUAAAGUGGAUAGGCCACUUCCCAUUUUGUCACGUUUCGUGUGUCCGGUAAACCACGUCAAAUGGGGACAUAUGAAUGUCCUUCAUACUGUACUAGGAGCUAGCAGUUACUCCACAGCUACAUACACAAUAGCACAAAAGGUAGACAUACAUAAUAAGUGUCCUUAAUUAAAGAAUAUUGAAGUCUAAAACAGCACAUUUGUCACUAUAAACAAAUAUAAAAUAAUUAUAGUUGCAUUACUUACACAUACAAAGUCUCCAAGGCAGAAGCGUAUUAGAAAGUAGCAAACAUGUCUGUAUUAUUCAACUUACUGCACAUGGGCUAAACUAAUGACUUAUUGUGGCCACGAGGUAUCACCAAAAAUUUAACAAUUACCACUCCACUUCAACUUAAAGACAGCAUAAUUCAAUUACAGACGGUUAUUAAUAAAUAGGUUGAUAUUUCUUCCUACACACCUGCUCAAAAUUUGUUUAACACUCCAAAAUAAUAAAAGUAUGUAUGAUUCAUGCUGAUUCCAGAUCAAUGUCUGUAUCAGACUAUGAGGCUCCAAUAUCGGUAUCAUAUUGGAAGUGAAAAAGUUGUAUCGGACACCGCUUGUUGAAAGCUGUCAGUCACACUAAUGGAACAAACUUUGCACCGUUUAAAAGUUAAUAAUUAUGAUGGAUACUAUAAUCGUUCAUCUAGCACUAAAACUUACUGAAGGAGCAUCUUCAAUUACUCUGUUUUACAUCCAUGAUUGAAGUAGUAAGGCUUUACAUUUUUGAGGGCACUGUAUGACAGGUUUUUUGUAAGCACAAUUAAUUGUACAUUGUACUUCCGUUAGAUUGAUUAUGUAAAAAUCAAUUAAAACCAAGAAUGAAAGGUGGGAGGGGUGACCGAAGGGAAAAUUCCACUGACCAAAGGUCUUUUUUAUUUUCUUUUGUGUUGGACUUCUCAGCCACUUGUGAAUACCCUUUCUGCAACUAGAAAGAAUGCACCCAUUUAAAUUGAGCGCCCAUGGAGGACAACAAUUUGUAUUAACUGCCGUAGAUUGAAAAAUAAUGUAUUUCCCAUUCUUUCUUAACCUCUGGCUAAAGUCACAAGUAAAUGCGCAAGUGUUGGCUGUUUUUGCUUUUGUCAAUACCCUCUUAUGUCGACACGAGUCUGCCAAUGAUUGAUUUUAUUACUUUUUAGAUCUUUUCUAAAGAACGGUGAGAUCUGCCUCCAAAGGGACCGACACCACUCUGGUCAGGGAGAAAUACAUAAGCACAGUAGUACCUCAAGGUACGAGCAGAUUAGUACUUCUAAAACUUGUUUUGCAAUACCGCGUUUUGAAAUGAGUUAAAAUCCAUUUUAUCGAUAUUCAGCAGUUUUAUGAAGUAAUUUAGUAAUAAUGUAUAGCAUUUACCUUGAAAAGUUGACUUCUAUGGUAUCUCCUUUAUCAUAUUUUUAUGGAUAAAUGUCCUUCAUUAACGUCCUUGGCUGGCGUUAUUGACUCAUUCUGCUUCAGUAUGGUGCAGGCUAACAGUGCUACACUCCCAACUGCUUCACCACGUUAGCACGUUUUGGAUGAUUUCUUUCUUUACUUCAACCUAAAUAACCUACUUUUGCACCUGCAAGCUAAAGCAUACCAUCUAGCCAAGAGACAACUCUUAUCCCAAUAAGCGGGGCCACUUGUAUCUUGAGGUAGCUCUGUAUGUAAUGUGUUGACCAGAUUUGAAGCACUCCGAUAAUAUGCCUUAAAAAUAGAGAUUCAUACUUUUUGUCUGUCUUUGCACAAAUUGAUGUGUAUUUAUAUGAUUACAAAUGUGUGAAUGCUGAAGAUAUACAAUAUAUUACACAUACAGUUCUUCUAUUCUAUUAUACAAAAUCCCACUCUGAAUCUGAAUGUUCUUAUUUUCCUAACCUAAAAGCCCUUUGAACUUGAGAACUGCGAUUACGUCCACGUUUCUCAAACCACAGCAGCACCGAAAUCUUUCCGGCUAUCUGCAGUAUUUUGGCGUUCAGACAGCACAGGUGUCAAACUCAAGGCCCAGGUGCCAGACGUGGCCCGAUACAAGAUUUUGUAAAUAAUGUGAGUCAAUAAAGUACAUUAUCUUUCCUUACUAAAUGUAUUUGUUCAUUCUAUUUUGACAGAAAAAAAAUAUUUAUUCUGCUUAAAAUUGCAUACAUUUUACACCUAAGUAUUAUCCAAUACUGCAACAAAUAUUAUAUUAUCAUACUUUCCAAGCAAUUUUUUUGUUAAAACAAAAAGUAAUCCUUAAAUUUCUGCUUGACUUAUGAUGAUUUCAAAGCAAGUUAUCCCCCAAAUUGUAAAAAGGACAGAAUGUUUUUAUUGCUGUUUACUGUAAGUUAAAAAAUUUUUUUACGGUGUUGGAAAAACGGUACCACAAAUGUAUUUUCCAGUAAAAAACUGGCAGUAUCCAGAAUUGAAAAUAGUAGUACCGUUUUUCCAUUUCUAGUAAUAUGUUGAAAAAACCAGUGACAUUCGACAGUAAAAUAUUAGUUUUUUUUACGGUGUUGGACAAACGGUACCACAAAUGUAUUUUCUGGUAAAAAAAAAAAAACGGCAGUAUCCAGAAUUAAAAAUAGUCGUACCAUUUUUCCAUUUUAGUAAUAUGUUGUAAAAACCAGUGACAUUUUACAGUCAAAUAUUAGUUUUUUUACGGUGUUGGAAAAACGGUACCACAAAUUAAUUUUACGGUAAAAAACUGGAAUUUAAAAAAAGUGGUACCAUUUUUCCAUUUCUAGUUAUGUUGUAAAAACCACUGUACAUUUUACAGUAAAAUUCUGGCGACUAAUCUGCCAGUUUUUUCCAUUUCCUGUAAUAUGUUGUGAAAUAAAACAUCGUAUAAUUUACAGUAAAAUUCUGCCAGUUUUUUUUUUUACAGUGUAUGUAAAAUAUAUGUAUAAUCAUCAAAUGCAAACUGUAUUUAGUUAUUAUCCGCCAUUACAAGCAGCCCUUAACGACAAUGUGGCCACCAAUGAGUUUGACAUCCCUGCCCUAAACAGUAAGUCCACAUUUCCUGCCCUUAAAAUUCCCAUAGAAAUAUAUUGUUUCCUUUUUGCAUUUCUUAACAAAUUCCAACAUGACAGGACCAAAACAUUUUUCCAUAUCCAAAAAAACUUUUUCCUGUAUUGCCACAAUUUCCACACAGCAUUUUAGUUCAUCUUCAGCUCUUCAACAUUCACACACCAUUUCUACACAUUUUCUAUAGUUUGCUUUGAGAUUUCUUUGAGAUGUUUUAUAAUGUCUACCUAAAAUCUGUUCUAAUUUUUAAAUCUGACUUUGUUUAUUGUCGUUGGCCAAUAAAUACCUCAACAAACUAGAAUGAAUGAAGGAGUGACAGACUUUGUGACAAAGCGAGGCAGCACAAAAACAGGAUUUAUGUUCUGUUUUAGUCUUAGUCAGGGUGUAACCUUGAAGAACGCUUUUGAGUUGUGUCCGACGCAGAUUAUGCCCACCCAAUUGGCGGGUCAGUCACACGGUGCAUCAGGAAAGUAUUCAAAAAGCUUCACUUUGUCCACAAUUUCGCUUUUUGCAGCUUUUUCAGAAAGUUGCGGCAAAAGUUGCUAUGUUUUAAGUUAUUUUUUUUUCCAAUUCAAUUCAAUGUGAUUUUACGAACUUGUUAUCAAUGGUUUCAAGUGUUAUUUGUAACCUUAACCUAAAAAAUGACAGGAUUUAAAAGAAGAUAAAAAAAAAGAAAAUCUGUAUUGAUGUUUUACUCGUUUUAUACCACACACUUAAAAGUAGGCACUCGAUGACAACAAACGCACAUAUAGCUCAUGUCAAAUUACAGUACUGUUUUAUUUAAUUCUAACAAAAUAUUAUUAUAGUAAAUUACGAUUAUAGUAAGUGGUGGACCAAAGUCCACAAGUUGCAGACAUUCUCCAUAUAGGUUUUACACUUGAAAAGUGUAAAAGUAAAUAUUCAUUUAUGUUCCAACACUUUAAAAGCAUAUGUGAACUGUUGAGAGCGAUCUAUAGCCGUAAUUCUUCUUGGUAAAAACCAUGAGAUUAUCAUCACACUUCAACACCUCUAACAUGUGAAUGCUGCCUAUUUGCAGAGUCAGCAUUGUACAUCAAAAUAUGUUCUCAAUUGCCUCACACUGUAUAAAUACAUGUAAACUAGGAUGUCAGGACGCCGGUGUUUUGCUAAAUGUUUAUAUACUACAUUACCCAAGAGGCUUAGCAUCGUAGACAGGAAACAGAAGUAAGUCUAGGGUACGCAGGACGACAAUUGUGCCGCUUGAUCGAUAAAGAGUUGAUAUAUUGUUACACGUUGUUGUUCCUGCCUUGUCUACACAAGAAAUAAACAUAAGUUGUGAUUAGAUGGUUAAUGUGCAAGUUUGCUAUUGGUAAAAAUGACGGUGAUUGGCCAAAAUGUGUGGAAAGUUUUGUUUGCAGGGAAAUAUGAAAAACAAAGAAUUCCGAAAAACUUAUUGUUCACUGCCCUUGUUUGAAGCUAAAAACAGAGCUCAAUUGUGUCCUGUUUGCACUGAUCCAACUUAAACGUUUCCACAGCUUUUGCUUUUUUUUUUUGCAUGGGUAUCAUUUGGAAAGGCACACACGACAUGUGACACAGGUGCAUGUCAGAGCACAAAUCAAGCAGAGGUCAAAUCAACUAUCUAUGGACCUUCACACAGAAACAUUCCUUCUGCUUUUAAGAAAAAAAAUGAGGAAAAAGUGAAGCUCUGAGAAUACUUUCCGGAAGCACUGUACUGUACAUGCCUUGCAAAUGUGGUAAACAAAAAAAAACCUGACCAGACAAACCAUGAAGGUUCAUGGUUCAUUCAUGUUUUCUUCACUGCAGCUGGGAUUGUAAAUGUACCGUAUUUUCCGGACUGUGAGCCGCAUUUUCCCACACUUUAAACCCUUGGGAUUAUAAAACGUGUCUUUUUUUUCCACGAGUGGCCAUAAUGUUUUGUAUUCAACAAAUAGUUUUCAUAUUACACCGACAGAGACCCUGAAAAGGUGUGUUAUUGUGUGUGCUAUGGCGCCAUUUGUUGGACGAGUUCACUCACUGCAGUUGCUGAGGGCUAAAAGUGUAAUUCCUGUUUCGUGCCUUGAACCGGAAAUAUUCGUCCAUAGCGUUUCAGCUCGAAAGGAUUCGUCAUUCAUCACUCCAAGCAACGUUUGUAAGUUUUACAAUAUAACUAAAACAAUUCAUACUUACUAAACCGUCCCAUUUGUGAUAUCUGUAGGAGAGUUUUCAUGCAUAUUUGUACAUGCUAUUAUAAUUUAAUUAAGCUAGCAUUAUUGUCAUUAGCGAAUAUGCUAAUGCAUUUAUACAUUUCUGUUACUAUUAUUUAUUUUCAAUGGCAUUCUUUUUAUAUUGUUUCAGUUUCAGAAAUCGACCAAAACGUCACCGUGGAGUUAUGGAGUCUGUUUAGCUGAUUGGAGAGCUAGCUUCCGCAGCUAGUGGGUCCAUGACAAUGGCUUCAGUUUUGUUUGAUCAGCCAUUUUACUGCCGUGUAACGGACACCAUUUGUAAACAGUUAAGGUAUGUAAAUAAAUAUUUACAAAAUAUUUUGGUAUAUAUGUGCGGUUAAUAUAUGUAAACAAAUGUAUUUCUUCAAAAAUUUGGUGGGUGCGGCUUAAAUACAGUACUAGUGUGUUCUAUAUCUCAAAAAUACGGUAUGUCAGAACUAAAGUUGUCAAAUCACAAUAUCCUUCUAAUGUUGUGGGUUGGAAGGCAUCCUUCCGCCUUAAAGGAGAAUAAGAAAAAAUGAUAGCAUGUUUUCUCAGAAUACAACCUAGUAGACGUAAGUCAAGGGGGAAAAAAAGAAGGGCCCUAUAAUUGAACCCUGUGGAACCCCACUUGACAAGAGGAGCAGAAGGGGAUCUUGCAACAGUUUUCUACCUGGGUUUGCAAAAGUAUGUCGGAAUUAAACAAUAUUCCGGCAACCCCAGAUGUGGGUUGGCAGUUUUAAGUGGCACAAGGUAUAAAUGUACAAAAUACUUACCGUAUUUUUUGGAGUAUAAAUCGCUCCGGAUUAUAAGUCGCACCUGCCAAAAUGCAUAAUAAAGAAGGAAAAAAAACAUAUAUAAGUCGCACUGUAGUAUAAGUCGCAUUUUUGGGGGAAAUGUAUUUGAUAAAACCCAACACCAAGAAUAGACAUUUGAAAGGCAAUUUAAAAUAAAUAAAGAAUAGUGAACAAAAGCUUGAAUAAGUGUAUGUUAUAUGACGCAUAAAUAACCAAAUGAGAACGUGCCUGGUAUGUUAACGUAACAUAUUAUGGUAAGAGUCAUUCAAAUAACUGUAACAUAUAGAACAUGCGAUAUGUCAGUGGUUCUCAACCUUUUUUCAGUGAUAUACCUCCUGUGAACAUUUUUUUAAUUAAAGUACCCCCUAAUCAGAGCAAAGCAUUUUUGGUUGAAAAAAAGAGAUGAAGUAAAAUACAGCACUAUGUCAUCAGUUUCUGAUUUAUUAAAUUGUAUAACAGUGCAAAAUAUUGCUCAUUUGUAGUGGUCUUUCUUGAACUAUUUGGAAAAAAAGAUAUACAAAUAACUAAAAACUUGUUGAAAAAUAAACAAGUGAUUCAAUUAUAAAUAAAGAUUUCUACACAUAGAAGUAAUCAUCAACUUAAAGUUCCCUAUUUAGGGAUUGUAAUAGAGAUCCAUCUGGAUUCAUGAACUUAAUUCUAAACAUUUCUUCAGAAAAAAAAGAAAUCUUUAACAUCAAUAUUUAUGGAACAUGUCCACAAAAAUCUAGCUGUCAACACUGAAUAUUGCAUUGUUGCAUUUCUUUUCAUAGUUUAUGAACUUACAUUCAUAUUUUGUUGAAAUAUUCACAAAAUAUAUUCAUACAAGAUUUUUGAAUUGUUGCUAUUUUUAGAAUAUUUAAAAAAAAAUCUCACGUACCCCUUGGCAUACCUUCAAGUACCCCCAGGGGUACGCGUACCCCCAUUUGAGAACCACAGCUAUACGUCAACCAAACAAUCUGUCACUCCUAAUCGCUAAAUCCGAUGAAAUAUUAUACGUCUAGUUUCUUACUUGAAUGAGAUAAAUAAUUAUAUUUGAUAUUUUACGAUAAUGUGUUAAUAAUUUCACACAUAAAUCGCUCCUGAGUAUAAGUCGCACCCACGGCCAAAUUAUGAAAAAAAAUGUGACUUAUAGUCCAAAAAAUACGGUACUUUAUUUCCCACAGGAUCUGUGUAAAACAGUACAUGUGAGACAAAGGGGAAUUCACCAAAGAGUUUUGAUAGUCGAUAACAUUUUUGCAGAAUAAUUUGUAUUCAUCUCCAUUUAAAAUGGACAUGUUAGCUGUAAUAUGAAACAAAUGAAAAGAAGACAAAGAUCGAAGUAAAGGUGUGUGUUGAAGACUGUAGCACUGAGACAAUGUUUGUAUUUACUUCAUGUGUGUUAGGGGUUGGCCUUCUAGUAAAAAUGUGUGCCUUGUUUGUAUGUUUACAGACCUUUGAUUUUACCAGAAUAAUAAUAAAACAUUCUCAAUCUC